ACAACAACAACAACAACAAUAGCAACAACAAUAAUAACAACAACAACAACAGCAGCAGCGGCGCCUCCAGCUCGCGACGCACGCGUCACUUUUACAGCAACAACGGCAGCCACUUCAGCAACGACAUGUACGCCGGCGGCCACAAAGGAACCAGCCAGAGCCACAGCCACAGCUCGCCCCGCUUGGCCAGCGGCACCAGCAGCGGGGGAGCAGCAGCUGGCGGUGCAGCGGGCGGACGCAAUGCGAACCAAUCGCAUCAGGGCGUCGAUCCGCUGCGUCUCCUCUAUCCCAAUGUGAACGAGAACGAGACGCCGCUGCCGCGCUGCUGGAGUCCCCACGACAAGUGCCUGACCAUUGGACUCUCGCACAACAAUCUGCGUGUCACCUACAAAGGCGUGGGCAAGCAACACAGCGAGGCAGCAGGCUCUGUGCGCACCGCAUACCCGAUACCAUCGUCCUGUGGCCUCUACUACUUUGAGGUGCGCAUCAUUUCCAAGGGCCGCAACGGUUACAUGGGCAUCGGACUGACCGCCCAGCAGUUUCGCAUGAAUCGCCUGCCAGGUGGGGACAAGCAAUCGUAUGGCUAUCACGGCUACGACGGCAACUCGUUUAGCUCCUCGUGCAAUGGCCAGUCGUAUGGGCCCACCUUUACCACCGGCGAUGUAAUUGGCUGUUGCGUUAAUUUUGUGAACAACACUUGUUUCUACACCAAGAACGGCGUCGAUCUGGGCAUUGCAUUUAGAGAUUUGCCGACCAAACUCUAUCCGACGGUGGGUUUGCAAACGCCCGGCGAGGAGGUGGAUGCUAAUUUUGGUCAGGAGCCUUUUAAAUUUGAUAAAAUUGAGGAAAUGAUGCGGGAUAUGCGCGUCAAUAUAUUGCGCAAAGUCGACAGAUAUCCCCAUUUGCUGGAAACGCCCGAAAACCUAAUGAACAGGCUUGUCUCCACUUAUCUGGUGCACAGUGGCUAUUGCAAGACGGCUGAGGCUUUUAAUGGCUACACAAGUCAGCCCUUCGACGAGGACUUGGCCUCCAUCAAAACACGUCAAAAGAUAAUCAAGCUCAUACAGACAGGCAAAAUGAGCCAGGCCAUUGAGAAUACACUGCGCUCCUAUCCGGGCCUCUUGGAGAACAAUAAAAAUCUUUGGUUUGCACUUAAGUGCCGCCAAUUCAUUGAGAUGAUAAAUGGCGCUGAUAUUGAGCACGCCAAUAACAAAGUAACCGCCACCACACAGACCAUGCCCACAAAUCAAACCUCGGUCAUACAGUCGACCAAGGCAUUCAAGCACAGCAAAUCCGGCGGCUCCGGAACCGGCACCGGCAGCGGCAGCACCAACAACCAGCCACAAAACAACACUGCGAACUCAGCUGUGAUAAAACCCGGCGAUAAAACAGAUCCCAAAAUCAUGAUUAUUGAUGACAACUCCAACAAGUGUCCGGAGCACGAUUCAAAUAGCAUGGACGUGGAAAUGGAACCUUGCAACAGUCACUCCAAUGGCGAUUCCUGUUCUAAUGGCAAUGCCAGCGUAGCACGUAACUCUCUAGAUGCCAUCGAUGAGGAAAUGGAUGUGGACGUGUCGCCCUCAUCGCGCAAUUAUGGACGUGUCAUUGAGAAGAUCUUAGAAUUCGGCAAGGAAUUGUCCAGCAUGGGCCAGCAGCUAGAGAAGGAGAACCUCAUGACUGAAGAGGAGCGUCAAAUGUUGGAGGAUGCAUUUAGCUUGAUUGCCUACUCAAAUCCUUGGUCCAGUCCCUUGGGCUGGCUACUGUGUCCCUCGCGACGUGAGAACGUUUCCACCACGCUCAACUCAGCCAUAUUAGAGUCGCUCAAUUUUGAGCGCCGGCCACCGCUCGAGUAUUUGGUGGCGCAUGCGGCGGAGCUAUUGAAGAUAAUUGGACAGCAUUCGCUGGGCGAGGAUGCUUUCAUUACCAUCGACGAUGUGUUCCCGCAAAAUUGACCCAGUUCGCCGACGCUGCUGAAGAUGUUCGAGACCACGCUGACUCUGCCGCGCACCAGCGUGCUAACCGAACCGCUGGGCAGCGUACCCUCCACAUCGACGGCCGCCGUGCAAACCACCAAACGGCGGCGUCGUCGGCGCAACAAGCGUCGCCGCAAAUCGUCCAUAUCGAGCAGCGAGGCGAACUCAACUAGAACCUACGAUCCCGUCUUGACUGCCACCAGUAUACGCGGCGGCAAUUCAGGCACAGCACGUCGUGGUCGACAUAGGGGCGUCGGUUCCGCAUCAUCAGCAACAGCAACGGCUACGGCAGCAGCUGCAGCUGCGGCGGCGGCGGCGGCAGCAGCAGCAGCAACAGCAUCAGCAACGGCAACAGCGUCGGCAUCCGUAUCGGCAUCCGCAGCGGCAUCAGCAGCUUCAUCAUCGGCCAUGAGCAGUGGCAGCAGCCCGGCGCUAUUUGUGGAUCGGCACGACUUCUUUGAAACGCUCGACUAGAUUAAGAUUAUAAACGAACUGUAAUCUGUAAUGUGUAGUAGGUUAAUUCUGUUGUUACUUCACAUAUUUUACACGCGUCAAUGCGGCUAUUUAAUGCCCUUCUUUUAAUGGUUUAAAUUUAUGAUAACUAAUGCAGGCGAAAUUCUUUGGCGAUUGUGUGUGUCUUUUGGCCUAUUGAUUUAGCAAGAUUUUAAUAACGUCUUACAAAAUAUUUUUAUAAAAUUAGCCUUUCGGUUGUAAGUCUAAAGCAAACAGUUUGUGUAAUAUUAUUCUUAUGUAUAAUUCAACAAUAUAGUUGCCGUGCUGCGCCACGCUCCCCUCUGAAACUAACUGGCAAACAUGAUUUUGCGUGCGUAUUGUUUAUUGUUUUAAUUACUGAAGCGCAAUGCUGCUAACGAGAGAUAACACCAAAAUAGUUUCUUAAAUACCAACGCAACUCUUUAGCAUAUUUAAAAGCUGUACGUUCAUUUAACUUUAAACUAGAGUUUACAACAAUUUAAUCGCUUAAAUCAAAUGCAAUCUGAAAAAAAAUAUAUAGCUAACUGAAACAUUGUGAACAAUUCAAAUAAACUAAAAUUCAUUAUACUUAAUACGAGAUGUGAACACUACCGGAUCUGAGCCCCAGUUUAUAUUUGGGUGCAAAAAAUUUAAAAACAAAUUUCGAUGAAUUUUUCAUAAGAGCAAAA